AUGUCGAAGGGCGACAGUGAACAGCAGAAUGGCUCCGGCGAAGAGUCCAAGACCAACCUCAUCAUAAACUACCUGCCGCAGAGCAUGACCCAGGAGGAAAUACGGAGCCUGUUCUCUAGUAUCGGCGAAGUGGAGUCUUGCAAGCUGAUCCGGAACAAAGGAGCGGCCUUCCCCGACGCGUUGAACCACGCGCUGCACGGCGGCGGACAGAGUCUCGGGUAUGCCUUUGUUAACUACCACCGACCAGAAGACGCCGAGAAAGCUAUCGCCACCCUCAACGGACUGCGCCUCCAGAACAAAACCAUCAAAGUUUCCUACGCCAGGCCCAGCAGUGAAGCCAUCAAGGGCGCUAAUCUCUACGUGUCCGGCCUCCCGAAGACAAUGACCCAGAUAGAGUUAGAGAGAUUGUUCAGUCCGUACGGUCGUAUCAUCACAUCUCGCAUACUCUGUGAGAAUUCAGGCGGGCGACCGUUCACCGGCGGCGAGCAGGGCCUGUCCAAGGGAGUCGGCUUCAUCAGGUUCGAUCAACGCGUCGAGGCUGAGCGAGCCAUCCAGGAGUUAAACGGGACGGUGCCGAAGGGUGCCACUGAACCUAUAACAGUGAAAUUCGCGAACAAUCCAAGCAACAACGGGAAAGCGUUAGCUCCGCUCGCCGCGUACCUACCAGCAGCGCUCCGUUUCCCGGCGCCGCUCGGAAGAUUCAGCUCAGGCAAGUCCUUACUCGCUAUAAAUAAAGGUCUACAGAGAUACAGCCCUCUAGCGGGGGAGCUGCUCGGCGGAGUGCUCCCGGGCGCGGUCGGCUCCGAGUGGUGUAUCUUCGUUUACAACCUAGCCCCGGAGACCGAGGAGAACGUGCUCUGGCAGCUGUUCGGGCCGUUCGGCGCCGUCCAGAGCGUGAAAGUCAUCCGCGACUUGCAGACUAACAAAUGCAAAGGUUACGGAUUCAUAACGAUGACGAAUUACGACGAAGCCGUUGUAGCCAUACAGUCCCUGAACGGCUACACGCUCGGGAACAGAGUGCUCCAGGUCAGUUUUAAGACGAACAAGAUCAAGACGAUCUAA